AUGCGGUUCCUACUUGAUGGCCUGGCCUCGCUCAUGCUAGAGGUCUUCAUCGACAACAGCACCAUCACCAUCACCUUCGAAAUGGCUUCGCCAACUAAGCCCACAGUUAUCCUGCUCCAGGGGACCUUCCAACCCCCGGAGGUCUACCACAGUUUUGCUCGACUCAUCUCGUCGCGCGGUUUCCCCGUCGUGCAGCCCGCCUAUCCCUCCCUGACAGGCCAAGACCAGCCGGAUUUCAUCAACAAGACCUUAGCCGACGACGUACAAGUCGUAGAGGACGUUGUCAAGAAGCUAGUGGACGAUGAAGGCAAGGCGGUCCUGGUUGUUAUGCAUUCCUACGGCGGUCUAGUCGGCGCCGAGGCCGUCCCAGAAGACCUCAAUCUCAAACACCGUCAGGCCAAAGGCGGCCAGCUGCUGCCGGGCGGCGUGGCAUACCUAUUCUACUUUUCAGCCUUCGUCCUGCCCAUGGGCCAGUCCAUCGCGACGGCCAUGGGCGACCAUCCCGACCACGACCAUUAUGAUGGGCGUUUCAGCAUGCGCGAUCCGCUGGCGACUUUGUACACCGACAUGCCGGCCGACGAGGCCGCAUACUGGGCCCGGAGGACGAUCCCGCAAAGCAACGCCGUCAAGGACACGGCGAUGAGACGGUGCGCUUACGCCUAUGUGCCUUCGACGUACGUUGUGUGCACAGGGGACAAGGCUGUCCCACCACCAGUGCAGAAGAUGUUUGCACAGCUGGCGGGGGCUGUGGUCAGGGAAAUUGACACUGGCCAUUCGGCUAUGUUGAGCAAGCUUGAUGAGGUGAUGGCCCUCCUCGAGGAGGCGGCUGCGGCUAUGUGA